GUCAGAUUUCGGCAAAACACCGGAAUUGUCGCCUUGUUAAGGGACAGAGUACAAGAGCUAGCAGAGACUGUUUAGCAGAGAUGGGCCGCUUCUGUUAAAUUAAUUGGAGAAAUUGGAACUCUCAACCAAGAAGCUCUUGGUUUUACGGUUAAAAGAGCCUUUUAGAUACAGACAUAAUCUGUCAAUCAUCGUUAGAACGCGUAUGCGCGUUUGCUAUACAAGCAGGGAAAAUUGCGUUUUUUAAGCGUAAUAUGAGUAGAUAGGAGCUGCACUGGCAUGACUGGAAAUACCCUCCCUAGAGCGUUCCAAAAAAGGCUGAUAGUGGACUGACUUGCUAAAAGCCCUUGCGAGUUAGCCGGCUAGCAGCGUCUCUAAAGACAUAGCCUCUUCAUAACCGUAUUCAUAUGUGCCGCCAGCUCUUUGUGCCAAGCAGAGACAGUCACGAAUGGUGAGGAUAGAAUGCAGAGUUCUCAACUUGUUUUCUGUUCACUUAUUGAAAGCUGCACAUUUAUGGCGUUUGUCAGUGUGAGUGGAGACUUUUGCCAGGCACAACACCUAGUCAUUGUAGACAAGUGAAAAGAGGGCCUGCCAUAUGAAGAUUGUACUACCUGACUGCCCGUCUUAUGUUCUGCACUUUUGGGGAGCAUCUUUUAUUGUCCAAAGCUAAAGUGUAUGAAUCGGUUUGAGCCAGUCCAGCAUUUUUCCGCUCUCUGGUGCCAGCUGAUAAUCUCUCCGCUCCUGAAUGGGGUAAUUUGAAAUUUUUGACCAGAAGGAUAGUCACCUUCUUUAGUUUUUAUUUUUGAAACCGAGGGAUCGUGAAAGUGGUACCCACCUCCUGUUUUCUUUUGAAAAUAGUCAGAGAUUUACCUAAACGCAUAUUGCUAGAUCUAUUUAUUUCUUUCCCUUUGGAGGAAUAUUUUCCUCAAGUAGUUUUUGUAAGUGUAAGUGCAAGUAAACCUUCAUUUGACUGUCAAAAUGAAUCGCCCUGCUCCUGUUGAGAUCACUUACGAUUGCAUGAGGUUUCUCAUCACCCACAAUCCCACCAAUUCACAGCUGACUAAGUUUACAGAGGAGUUGAAGAGCUUCGAAGUGCAGACGCUUGUUCGGGUUUGUGAUGCAACUUAUGAUAAGACACCAGUGGAAAAAGAAGGCAUUGAAGUUUUGGAUUGGCCUUUUGAUGAUGGGUGUUCGCCCCCUGACCAAAUUGUUGAUGACUGGUUGAACCUCCUCAAAUGUAAAUUUAAAGAUGAACCAGGCUGCUGCAUUGCAGUACAUUGCGUUGCCGGAUUGGGACGAGCUCCUGUUUUGGUGGCCAUAGCCUUAAUCGAGUGUGGGAUGAUGUAUGAAGACGCUGUCCAGUUUAUUCGGCAGAAAAGGCGUGGGGCUUUUAACGCCAAACAACUUCUGUACCUUGAAAAAUACAAACCCAAGAUGCGCCUGCGCUUCAAGGAUGCCAAUGGUCAAAACUGCUGCAUUCAGUAAAGUAACAUUCGUCAAAGGAUUUUUGAAAAUUGUCGUCAUUAUUAUUAUUGUUAGUGUUGUUAUUAUCCAUUUUUGUUUGAUUUAUUAUUUUGGACCAGGAUUUUGCUGUAUUACAGUGCCAAGCACACAAACAGGUUAGUCAGUAUUAGUGUCUGGAUCGCUAUAUUAACUGAACAACUAAACUCUAUUCAGUCAUGUAAACUCACAGACAAUGCAGUCUAUCACUAGUGAUGUUUUCAUGACACAUUGAUAUAAUGAUUGAUUGCAUUUGUUAGUGUUUUAUGACAGCUCUCUAAAACUUGGUGUCCCCAAAUUGUCUGGAUUGUGUAACAAAUCAUGGUACAGUGAUCAUCAGACAGACUGCAUUGAUUAAAAAAAAAGUCACUGUGUUGGUGCAUAUAAUGGACAGUUCUUGAAGACUCUCAGCUUCUCCAAAGUUACAUGGGCACAACUACUGUAUCUAAUGCUAUAGAUAUUAAACAUUCCAAGACUUAUUAACAGGACUGAUGGACACUAGAUUUUGGUCAUCAAUACAAUGGAGGAAUCAGUGUAAUCCCAGAUUAUCCAAUCAAGAACACAUGUCCCUCUCCAAACUGAUUGUUGAAAUGAGUCAAAAACGAAUAAAUAAUAAUAAAAGUAUUAAAUAUUUUGUUGCCAUUGUUCUCAUAUUGUUGUCUCAUGUUACACUAAAUUGGCCAUAAUGUGGAAAGAGAACAUAUUCUUGUCUGACCAGCCACAAAUUUUGCAGUUAAACUGUUUUUGGUUGUUGUUACCCUUACAUAAUAGUACUGUGGCAGUACCAUGGUGCAGUGAUGGUAUCAUAUGGGACACUGGUACCGAUUGAUAAUCAUAUUCAUAUAGUAGACCAAAGUAUUCAAAAAAUAAACCAUGGCACUGCCAUUUAUAAAAGCAUGCCAAUAUGGUAACAUAUCCAAAAAUAUGGGAUAUCCAUGGUAUUUUUUUGUUAGUGCAUGCACGUUGUAGCUUUAAAACUGAUGUAGUUAUAACUUUAUAUAGUUAUUACUAACCACAUUACUAUUAUUACAUGUCCUCGGUAUGAAAAUUAU